AUGAUUGCUUCGCCUGAUCUUGUAUUUCCCCUCCUAGAAGACUACAUGCCGCUUCGCUUCGCGGAGGUCAAGAACCUCAUCGAUUACCCCGCUCUGGCACAUUCCACCAAAGAAGGACAUAGAGGUAGAACAAUCCACGACAUCCCGGGCAUGUCUGAUGCUCUGAAAGCCUUGGAAGCACAAAGAAAACGCGAUCUCAAAGACUGGAUGACAGAACAUGACUUCGACGCGGUUGUCUUUCCCGCCGUAGGCGAUGUUGGCAAAGCAGAUUUGGAACAGGAUCCGACAUCUGCGGAACAUGCUUUGUUGAACAGCGUACGGUACAGCAACGGCAACAGAGCUUUGCGGCACCUGGGUGUUCCUACCGUUAGUGUUCCGAUGGGCAUCCUGGAAGGCAAGAAUAUGCCAGUCAAUCUGACCCUGUGCUCAAGAGCAGGUGCUGACGCUGAGCUUCUGUGUUAUGCGUAUGCUUAUUAG